GUGUGUGCGCGCAUUGUAUGUGUAGAGUGUGAGCUGCCGAGGACGAGCUUAAAAAUAUAAUCGAGCGGCGGGAAUGUCUGGCAGGUCAGUGCGCGCGGAGACCCGGAGCAGAGCCAAAGAUGACAUCAAACGCGUUAUGGCCGCUGUCGAGAAAGUACGAAAAUGGGAGAAAAAAUGGGUAACGGUUGGAGACACUUCACUGCGAAUCUUCAAAUGGGUUCCAGUGACUGAACCAAAGUCAGAUGAUAAAAAUAAAAUAAAGAAAGGCAGAGAGGAGAAAUAUGGAUCCGAGGCAACGACUCCAGAGAACAGCUCCUCUCCUGGAAUGAUGGACAUGCACGAUGAGAACAGCAAUCAGAGCUCCAUAGCCGACUCCUCUCCGGUGAAGAUGGAGACCAGCUGUAGCACGAGCCCGACACCAGAUGGCACUGCUGCUUCUAACACUGAUGGAAACGAGUGCAAGACGGAACAGACGCCACCCACUGAUAAAGGGAACUGUAACUCCACCCCUUCAGAGACCUCAACAUGCAAAAAAAAGGAAUCUCCAUCAGACACCUCCAAACAACACUCAGGUAAAACGUCUUCAGAAUGUCACAAAAUACUCCAAAUCCCAAUCUGUCUUUCAUGGCUACACUACUGGUUGACACACUUGACUGAAUUUAUGAUCCCUCAUGAUCUUAAAAACUUUUCGAUUUAAAAAUGUAUGCUUAACCCUCGUGCAACCUUCGGGAC